AGUAGCUUAGCAAUGGGUUUGCCCCGGGAAAAGUUAAGUCCUCCACGUAUCAUGGCAGACUCCGUGGGCGACACAGAUCCCCCUGCUCCUGACAACCUGCCCAUCCCAAGACUGCCCUUCACCUAUGGCGACCACUCCAAUGUGCCUCUCUCCAUGAGAUUCAUCCACAAGCCCAGCAGGUCCCAGCAGCAGCUCGACAUGGCCUCGGACCCCACAAGAAGAAACAGCAUAACAAACCGCAGCAUCGACUCGCCUCUGUCCGAGUCGCUGCCUGCCCCUGCUGAUUCUGGAUCACGUCCCUACCUGCCAGCCAUGGCCCUGCCCCAGGAAUCGGUCCAUUCGGGGUCACCCAUGCCACUGUCUUCGCCGGAAUACAGACUUGUCCGUAAGAAGUCAGGUGAGGUGUUGAAGCCGUCACUCAAGGACUCGUCCUCCUACUUUCUGGGCAAGAGAUCGCAGUCGUUGCCCACAACCCCCACUUACAAACAGGUCCAUUUCGGUUGUGACACCGAUGUACGGUACUUCAAGAAGAAGGACAAGCCCAGCACCAUCUCUGCGUCCAACUCGCCCACCUUGGAGGCUGCCCAUGGCAAGUACGGGACCAUCGACAUCGACACUGACGAUGACGGCUACGGCAACAGUGAUGACUACACCGACGACACUGACGAGGAAGACUACCACGGCUUCAACCUCAACAACCUGGCCUCGUCCACCAAGUACCCCGAUUCCCACCACGACGAGCUCAUCAACUGGCAGUUGAACCUUCUCAACUUUGCACCCUUGUCGUACUCCAAGCGGGUGGAGGAGGGAACCCCCGUAUUUUUGGAGCGGUUGUUCCUCACAGUGGACAAGAAGUUCCUCUUGGGACACAUUGCCGUGCAAAAUAUGGCGUUCGAAAAGCACUUGACUGUCAGGUACUCACUCGAUAAUUGGUUGACCAUCAUAGAAAUCCCCACCUUAUACAUGGCCGAUAGACCUGACAUAUUGAAGAAGAACAACUACGAUAGAUUUACCUUCCAGAUCCCGUUGGAUAGCCUAUUCAAUAGCUUCAGGCUAACUGGUAACUCGAACGAGAAUACCUCCGAUGACGGCAGGUCCCAGGAGAGGACUUACGAGCUUUGCAUCAAGUACAACAUCAAGAACCAGGAGUUCUGGGACAACAAUAACUUCAAAAACUACUCCAUCAAGCUCAUCAAGACUGUCAACUCCAGAAACUCCAAUGGCUCCCUGACACAAAUAAACCAGCACGCAGCAAGACCCAAGUACUCCUCGUCGUAUCUCAAAAGAAGAGGCUCGGACUCCCAGAUUGAAAUUGGCUCCAAGGAUACAGAUCUCAAACUUUAUCAUCACGACAACUCCUCGUCAGAUAUUAAUGAUUUUGUCAAGAAUAACUUUUAUCUCUCUUCUCCAUUAUUGUCAUCAUUGCAUAAUCCUACGAAUUCGAAGGACGAUAGAAUUGCCGAUCUCAAGGAUGCCAAUCUCCCUUCACUUACUGCUUCCAGGAAGCGCGUUACUCCUGACUCACCAACACCAAAGUAUAAGAGCAAAUUCAACCAAGCUAAUAUCAACCUAUUGAACUCUUCAAACUCCAAUAUUGCCGCCAGUCAGAAGCCAUCCUCGAGGAAUUACAUGGACCCUCAAGAUUAUAAACAACUAUUGGACAAAUAUUGUUUCUUUUCGUCAGAUAGCACUGGCGAAAACCGACCCGAUACCAUUUCACAAUCCUCAGAGGAUAUCACAACUAACAGAAAUCCUUUUGAGGUUUCCUCAUUCCUUCGGGAUUGAUUUGCAUCAUUGUAUCUAAUAUUCAUUUCGUUCGCUAAAUUAGCGGGGCUGGCCUUCAUAAAUUGUAUAACUCGUCUUUAUUUAUUUAUCCGCAGAUUUUGGGAUAGUAUUCUAUAACUUUUGGUUGAUUGUAUAACAGUUUGAAUGCAUAAAUUUACAG